AUGGAAGCAGACAAGGUCACAGAAGAGCCUCAUACCACCACGGAUGCGGAAGAGAGCCUUUCUUCAAAGGACGCCUCUGCUGAGGACUCACAGGAGCCCCCUAUCCCUGAAAUCCCCUUAGAGCCUGCCCUCUCUGAAACCCCUUUAGAGCCCCUUGCCUCUGAAUCUCAUAUGGUGCCAUCCAUUUCCCAGAUCCCUUUAGAGACCCACACCGCUGAAACCCCUUUGGAGCCUUCCAUCUCUGAGAUUCCUUUAGAACACUCUGCCUCUGAGGUCCCUUUGGAGACCCCUACCCCUGAGACCCAGUUGGAGACUCACAUCUCCAAGGUCCCAGAGAAACACCUUACUUUUCAGACCUCAUCACUAAGCUGUGUCUCUGUGUCUUCCUCUGAUUAUCUGAAGGAAGCCUUCUCUGAGUCUUCCUCCAGUGAGGGCUCGUGGACAAGGAGGUCUAUCCAGACCUCUGAAUCUGAGAGCGUUCCAAAGCACUCCCUUUCGGGCCUUCCAGCCCAGGUCCACCUGGACACAUCUGCAAAAGAUGGGGAAGAGGAAGAAGAGGGGGAGAAAGGGGUGGAUGCCACUGACAGCACCGCUCACGCAGCUCAGCCUGAACACCAGCUGGGCAACACCCUUCACCGAGUGGUCCCUGCUGAGCAGGCAGACCUGGUGGAAGUGACUAAGGCAAUGCACAAAGGGAAGUUUGGUGCUCAGGUGAAUUAUCUUUUCCAGUGGGAGAAGGAGGCAGCCCUGAAUGCCAUCCAAACAGGUCUCUAUAUUGGCUGGCGUUGCCCCCAUUAUCUAUGGGACUGUUUCCGGAUUGGGGAUGAGUCCAAGUGCUUUUGUGGACACUUGUUGAGAGAGCACCAGAUCAUCUCAGACAUAUCCGUGCCCUGCAAUGUGGGCCGGUGCCGCUGCCUCAUGUUCUGCUUUAUCCCAUCACGCCCAGAGGAGGUGGGUGAGUUCUGGCUCAAGAGGUGGGCCACCUUUGACCCCAGGGCGUGGAGAGCCCAAUGUCGCUGCAAACACAGCCAUGAAGACCACGCAGCUACCAGGUCCCAUUCCUGCAGGGUCAAAGGCUGUUGGUGCAACUGCUUUGAGUCUAAGUUCCUCUGUGUGGCCUGUGACUGGCGCUGGGAAGAACAUGAGACUUUCUUUGAGACUGAGGAGACCUGGCAGCGAGGAGGGAGGCUUCACUGUGAGGGGGCAGCCUGGGGACCAGAUUAUGUGCCUUUAGUGGAGAUGCCUACCCUCCGAGAAGCCAUCAUCAACAACUCUGACGUCGAGGCCCUCCAGAAGAAGGGGCCCUCUGGCCGUCCCAGCUCCCACCCUAGGACAGACACUGUCAACACCUGGUGCAGGCCUCUGUGA